UAGUUGUAGUUGUAUCUCGAUUUUUUGGACAGCCCACGUCGCCAACAAUGCAACAGGCAGCGCUCAAGUCCUGAAAUGCUGAAUACUGACAAAAAAACAGGUCCUUCUUUUUAGCUAGCUGAUUGGCAACUAGUGAUUGACAAACCUAAAAACAUCGUUACGUGUAGUUCGGUGAGCACUAGGGAGUAGCGCCUCCUAGAGAUCCUCGUAGCCUGGACGAAACAUGCCGCCGCCGCCAGGACCAGAAGCAGGCGAAAGCGUCGAUGCCUCUGCCGAGCACGACGGGCUGCUGGGUAAACCUAGCGAGCAGCUAGUGGAGGCCAAGCGGAGGCAGCAAGAAGCUGAGAAGAAGUACGAGCUGCUGAAGCGCCUUGCCAAGCAAGCACUGCAAGAGUUUGAAGACCUGAAGACGAAGUGCAAUGAUAACCAUGAACAGUGUGUGGAGGAGAGACGUGCGCACGACUUGACCAAGCAGGAGCUGAAGACAGUGCGAGAAGAACUGCAGAAAUUCAGAGAGACUAGCCAGCGGGCGUUUGAAGAGUACGGGGAGUUUCAAGACAAGCUGGACUUGGAGAAGGAUUUGCGCAACAAGGCUGAGGAGUAUGCGCAAGAGGUUCUAGAGGAGAACCGCCGCUUGAUUGCAAAGCUAAAGGAGGCGGGUGGUACUAUCCCUACUGACUCUAUAUCAGAAGGAUCACACCUGGAUGAAGAUGAGCCGUCGAAGAAAGAUCUGAAGAAAGGAGUAGUUAUUCUGCACGAGCAAUGGGAAGAGGCACAGGAGAGAUCUGCGAAGGCCCGGGACGAACUGGAGAAAGUGGUCAGUGAGCUCUCCAAGAUGAGAGUUGAACAGGAGCAAGCCUCACGUGACCUGCAGAAGGAGAAGGAUGAACUGGAUCAUCUGAAGGAAUUGUCUCGACUUGCGUUCGACGAGUACGAACAGAUGCAGAAUCAGCUGAAGGAGGAGCGAGAAAUUCGCCUCGCUGCUGAAGCACACGCUGCCAAGCAAAUGCAAGAGGCAAAUCUUGUGAAGCGCCAGAGUGCACUGCUUCUGAACACGGCCACGGAGAAUGAGCGUGUGGCCGCGGCUUUCCUGCAACUGCAAGAAGUCAACGACGAGGUCUCCAAGAUUAAGCGCACCCAUGCCCAGGAGGUCGAGGACCUCAAAGAGGAAAUUUCACGUCUUGGUAAGCUUGAGGAGGCGAAGGCUCUAGAAGAGAAGCUCGCUCUUGCUGACAAGCAGUGCUCCGUGAUGGAAACGAAGGCGCUGGAUGCGGAGCACAAAGCAGAUCUGGCUAACCAACGAGUGCAAAUCCUCGAGCAGGAGGUGGCGUCAUUAAGAGCUGCUAUCGAGACUGCCCGCUCCUCUUCUGCUGCUGCAGCCAGCAGCGGGUCAGCUGCUCCCGCACCUGUUGCUCCUCCUCCGCCACCGCCAGGUCCACCUCCACUGGCACCUCCACCACCUCCACUUAUGCCAAUCGGAAAACUGGUGAAGUCUGUAAAAGGCGAUGCGGCUACUAAGAAGAAGAAGAAGGAGGAAACUAAGAAUGUGCGUGCUGAUGCCAUGGCGGAGAUGAUGGAACGCAUCAAAUCAGGCAAGACGGGACUCCGGUCAGCGAAGGAGGAGAGCAAGGCAGAAGCACCCAAGGAAGAAGUGAAGGGUGAUGCGAUGGCGGAGAUUGCAAAGAUGAUUAAACUGGGACCAAGGCUACGCAGUACGAAGUCCACGGCGAGCCCGCGCAGCACCCCAUCGCCGUCUGGUGUCAGCAGUGAGCUACAAGCUAAGCUACAGCGCCGGCAAAAGAAAGUCGGAGACACAACGGACGGCGGAGAGGAGACCACUUCACCAAGUCCUGGGUCACUGGAGCCUUGCGAAUCUCCACCAGCUAUCGAGGUAAGCAUUGAUGGCGGCGACGAAACCAAGCCUGUGGCCAGCGAAAGCGACAAGCCAGAGAGUGCCGCUCAAGAUGCUUCUGCUACCAGCGAAGAGACGACAGCUGCAGAGGCGCCGGCCACCGAGGAAGCGUCAGCUACUGAGACGCCGGCACAAACUACUGCUAGCACGGAGGAUGAUCCGCCAAAGAGCGGCAGCUCCACCGUUUGAUUCCUAGCCAGGUUGGUCUAUGGUCUAGACAACAUCGUUCGCUUGCUGGCAAAGUGCUAUUGACUAAUACUAGCAAAUCAUUGAGUUGGCCAGGCCAAGCUAGCAGUGCAACGAGCAUCAGUUCAACUGCACUCUUUGCAAACACUUGGUCAAGAUCAGCUUACAAUUAAUUUGAUAUACCUUCUUUUUUCCUGUUGGAUGUACAUGUACUGUUGGCUAUCGUUUGAAGUUCCAGCAGCUGUUUACUUCAAGUACAUGUAGUUUUAGCUGUAGCUCCAUAGGAUCUCAUGUAGAAUUUAAAAAUUCUUUCGCCAUCAGUAUGUUGAGGAAAGAAAAUCACUUUAUUCCAUUUCCUACUAGAGAUUUAAAUAAUGUUAAACCAUGUAUAAAUCUCAGUGUGGACCACGGCAUAGCUAUUACUCUGAACUUUUUCAAGCAAUUUUUGUAUUUUUUUUAAGAAUUAAAAUUCUUA